UAUGCAUAGAAUCUCAUAUCUUAUAACUAUACAAUCAUACAAAUAUUUUGUUGGAGUUUUUGUUUUUAGUAAGCCUCAAAUGAAUAAGCCCUUCCUUAUUUCCCUGCUUGCUCUGUUUAUGGUAGCUUCUUAUGGAGCUCCAGGAAGUACAAUGUACAGGGAACUUGACAUUAUUGGGAAGCUUGAGAACCUCGAUGUCCCUGAGGAUGAGAUUGACGAUGAUGUGACCUUCUUUGAUUUCUCGUCGUUUACAAGCCAAUAUUCUGGUAAGAAUCUGGUGAAUGUUGAUAGCUUUGGUGCUGCUGGAGAUGGAGUUUCUGAUGAUACUCAGGCACUUAUAAGCGCUUGGACCAUCGCCUGCUCUGCACCAAACUCUGUGUUAUUGGUUCCACAAGGACGUCGCUAUUUAGUAAAUGCGACGAAAUUUGAUGGUCCAUGUCAAGAAAAAUUGAUCAUUCAGAUUGAUGGAACAAUUGUGGCACCAGAUGAGCCUAGCCAAUGGGACCCUAAAUUCCAAAGGGUUUGGCUCCAAUUUUCGAAACUCCAAGGAACUGUAUUCCAAGGGAAUGGAGUUAUAGAUGGUUCUGGUACCAAAUGGUGGGCUGCUUCUUGCAAAAAGAACAAGUCUAACCCUUGCGUAGGCGCACCAACGGCGCUAACUAUAUAUUCAAGUUCAAAUGUGUAUGUGAGAGGCAUAACAAUCCGGAACAGCCAACAAAUGCAUUUGAUCAUAGCUCGAUCAAACACAGUUCGAAUCUCUAGAGUUAUGGUCACAUCUCCAGGAGAUAGUCCCAACACCGAUGGAAUUCAUAUAACAGNUGGAACAACUACUAACUAUUUCAAUGGGGACAAACAUGUUGACCAGGAAAAAUCUGCGUAG